CGAGCCACCUUCCCCUCCCAGGAACGAGAGAGGCCAGUGAGGGAGUGGAGGACUCAAGAACUCCUAGGCAGCGCACGUAUCAGUUCUGUCUUCCUUUCUCGAGAUGGCGGCGGCAAUGGCUGCAACGACAAUGGUGACCAAGAACAACGGCGGCUCGCUCGCCAUGGACAAGAAGAACUGGUUCUUUCGGCCGGCCCCUGAGGUCGCCUUCUCUUGGAGCUCGCAGCCCGAGUCCAGGAGCUUGGAGUUCCCACGCAGGGCUCUGUUCGCCAGCGUCGGACUCAGCCUGUCCCACGACGGGAAGGCUCGGCCCGCCGACGACGUCGCACACCAACUCGCAGCCGCGGGCGAUGCGGGCGUCCAGCAGGCCCAGAAGGCGAAAAAGGCCAAGAAGCAGCAGCUGGGUCUGAGGAAGGUGAGGGUCAAGAUCGGCAACCCGCACCUGCGUCGGCUGGUCAGCGGCGCCAUCGCCGGCGCCGUUUCGAGGACUUUCGUGGCGCCGCUGGAGACGAUCAGGACGCACCUGAUGGUGGGAAGCUCCGGCGCCGACUCCAUGGGCGGGGUUUUCCGGUGGAUCAUGCGGACGGAGGGGUGGCCCGGCCUCUUCCGCGGCAACGCCGUCAACGUCCUCCGCGUCGCGCCGAGCAAGGCCAUCGAGCACUUCACUUACGACACGGCCAAGAAGUACCUGACCCCGGAGGCCGGCGAGCCAGCCAAGGUCCCCAUCCCCACGCCGCUUGUCGCCGGAGCGCUCGCCGGAGUGGCCUCAACCCUGUGCACCUAUCCCAUGGAGCUCGUCAAGACCCGUCUCACCAUCGAGAAGGAUGUGUACGACAACCUCCUCCACGCGUUCGUCAAGAUCGUGCGCGACGAGGGGCCCGGAGAGCUGUACCGCGGGCUGGCGCCGAGCCUGAUCGGCGUGGUGCCGUACGCGGCGGCCAACUUCUACGCCUACGAGACACUGCGGGGCGCGUACCGCCGCGCGUCGGGGAAGGAGGAGGUGGGCAACGUGCCGACGCUGCUGAUCGGGUCCGCGGCGGGCGCCAUCGCCAGCACGGCCACCUUCCCGCUGGAGGUGGCGCGGAAGCAGAUGCAGGUGGGCGCCGUGGGCGGGAGGCAGGUGUACAAGAACGUCCUGCACGCCAUGUACUGCAUCCUCAACAAGGAGGGCGCCGCCGGGCUCUACCGCGGGCUCGGCCCCAGCUGCAUCAAGCUCAUGCCCGCCGCCGGCAUCUCCUUCAUGUGCUACGAGGCCUGCAAGAAGAUACUCGUCGACGACAAACAAGACGGCGAGCCCCAGGACCAGGAGGAGACGGAGACCGGACACACACAAGGACAGGCGGCGCCCAAGAGCCCCAACGCCAACGGUGAUCGACCAUGAACGCGAUCGACGAAGCAUUAUGCAUGGUUACCGUCAAAAUCAGAAGAAAAUGCGUGAUCUGGAAUUUUCAAGUGUAGAGCCUAGCGCAAUUGAAUCCUAAGGUGGAAGAGUUUGAAUUUCGUUUUGUUCACGGAACAUGCAUGCUCCGUUUCAAUAAUGUAUUCAAUUCAAUAAGAAACAAGUCCACUUUUGGACUUUCAACUUU